AUGGCUUUCAAUCCUGCAUUAUUGAGCUCAAUCUUCAUCGUCCUUUCGGUAUUUUCUGCAGUGACAAACGCGCUGGGCUUGAAUUACUACGACAAGAGCUGUCCCAAUGUCGAGCAAAUUGUUUCUAAUGCUGUCAAGAAGGGGAAAGCCAACGACAGAACUGGCUGUGAUGCAUCUGUGCUGUUGGACUCCAGCAGAGGCAGCAAAGCAGAGAAAGAUGGGCCACCAAAUAUUUCUCUGCAUGCGUUUUAUGUCAUUGACAAUGCAAAGAAACAAGUGGAGGCUUCCUGCCCUGGUGUCGUUUCAUGUGCUGAUAUCUUGGCUUUGGCAGCAAGGGACGCUGUUGUGCAAUCCGGAGGUCCGAAUUGGGCCGUGCCGAAAGGAAGAAAAGAUGGACGAACAUCAAAGGCUAGUGAAAGCGUGCAACUGCCGGGUCCAACCUUCAACAUAUCUCAACUGCAGCAGAGCUUCUUUCAGAGAGGUCUGUCCUUGAAUGACCUGGUGGCUCUUUCAGGAGGGCACACUCUAGGGUUCGCCCACUGCUCAUCGUUCCAAAACAGAAUUUACAACUUCAAUGCCACACGCGACGUUGAUCCAACACCGCACCCGUCCUUUGCUGCAAGUUUGAGGAAUACGUGUCCCAUCAAUAACAGACCGAGGAACGCCGGUGCCACAAUGGAUUCUUGAAAUGUUAUUGGUUAGAGUGUCAGUUUUGUAAAAAAGAAUGAAACUUGUAUACUUGCAUUUGGGCUGGUCACACACCGGCAUUUGGAAAAAAGAGAUUAAUCAAAUAGUUAGCGAGUGCAUACUACGUAUUUAUUUGUUUAAUCAAGUACUUCCUAGAUAUGGCAGAGAAAAUUCAAAUUAUAAGUUUUGCAGAUUAUGCGAAACUUUGUAAUUAAUCAAUGCAAAAAGGCGUAG